AUGAGUACAUGGCUUUUGGCACUGACCAGUCAAACAAGCUUUGGGGGUGCUCAAGAUGAUUUUAUGGGAUACAACUGCGGAGGCACCACCAACUGUACAGGAGUGCACUGGUUGAGCGACUAUUUGUCACACGUCGCUGCCAGUGGCCAUGUGGUUUUUCAUCAAACUGCACAAGAUGCAGCAGUGCUUCACUUUAAGCAUGAAUGUUUUUGGAAAGCAGGGGAGGGUAGCCCUGUGACACAUGUUGAGAGCACACUGCAGAGUGCAGAGUUCUAUGGCAACAAGGCCCUCAAGAUCUACAGGUCAAAGGAUGUCACACACUCAGAGUGGAUCGCCGCAGUCAAGGAUGCCAUAAAGGGGAUGAAGACGUUUGUGGCCAAGUAUCACCCUGCAGGGCCACAAUGGAAUGCGGAGGGAGUGUCAGUCCAAGAAUAUUUAACUUCUGGAGCACCACCUCCUCCGCCGCCUGUGCAGGAGGAGAAGCCCCCUGCCCAGAAACCUGGGCCCACCCAAGCCUGGCAGGCCGACAAAGUGGAAAAGCCUGAUGAAUUGACUGCCAGCCUGACAGAUGCAAAGAAGGGUCUGAAGAAGCUUGAAGGUGAUGCAGAGGCUCCAGCAGAGCAGAAGGCUGGCGUUCAAGCAGCGCCGGCUGUGGGAAAUGCAGUCGCUGCGGCAGCAGCAGCGGCCGCUGCGGUGGCUUUGAAGAAAGUAGAACCAGCUGCCAAAGAACCUGCUGCCACCAAGCCUGCCACCACCAAGCCUGCCGCCACCAAGCCUGCUGCCGUUGGCAAGCCCAAGGAAAAGCCAGCUCCUCCCCCUGGGCGCACAGAGCUGGUGGCCGAUCGUAAGUGGGAAGUGGAGCACCACAAGGGCAACCAUGAGAUCCUUAUUGAAGACAACAACUCCAAGCACACCCUGUACAUCUUCAAAUGCGAAGAUUGCGUUGUCCAGGUGAAGGGCAAGUUGAAUGCUAUCACGAUGGACAAUUGCAGCCGCACGGGCCUGGUCUUCGACAGCGUCCUUGCCUCGGUGGAGGUCGUCAACUGCAAGCGCGCAGAGGUCCAAUGCACAGGCCACAUCUCCACGUUGGCCGUCGACAAGUGCGACGGCUGCCAGCUGUACGUUCCGCACACCUCCAUGGACGUCGCGGUGACGGUGGCCCAGUCCAGCGCCAUCAACAUUGUGGUCACCGGCGAGCAGGACUGCGAGGAGUUCCCGAUUCCCGAGCAAUUCGUGAGCAAGUUUGUGGACGGGAAGCUGGUGACGGAGCCCGCGCAGCACACAGGCUCGGCCUAG